AUGGCAAUUGCGUCGGAUUCCAACUGGGCACUACCGCUAGCGCUGGCAACCAACCUACACAUCCCCUACCGGAUCGUUCUGGGAGGCGACGAGCUCAAGCUACCCGAGCGUGACAUCAACGGACGGGUGAUAAUCGUCUGCUCGUCUAUCAACUCGCCGCAAACAAUUAACGCAAUCAAUCAACUGAAGACGCUCCGCCGGACGAAAAUCCUGCUCCUGGACACGAUCGGGACAAUCUUCAAUAGCAACAACGCCCUCUACCGGGGAAUCGUCCGCGAUGGCACGUGGAGCGACGAGGGCCCAACGAACAACCGCAAUCUGCUGGUGCUGACUAUUUUGACCGAACACUUCAAGCUGGCACUCAGGCGGGUGCACGGCGUUGACCUGGGCGACUAUCAGCACAUUAGCGAACGGUUGCUGAAAAUUCGACUGGACGUCGAUGAUGAUUAUGGUGAUGAGGGCGAAGCUGGACCCGAUAACGAUAGCGAUGGCAAUCAACGAGAUGACAUUGUUGCUUCAGGGCAGACAUCUAAUCGCUCACUUAGAGAAGGCACCACCGGCGAGCACCAAGAAUCGCUCCAGAGCCUUAUUAAUUCGACAAAUUUGACCUCAUCAGACUGCGAUUUAAAUUAUUUUCUCACCGACAUCGACGCAAGCAAUUUGGACCAGCUCCAUGACCUAGCCGGGAGCCAAUCACGCUGCCUGGAAACUCUGGACAGCUAUUGUGACAUGGCCGCCGUUGACGCCACUUAUCUCAAUUUGGCGACCAACGACAACGUGAGCGGCGACGAGCUUCUGGGAAAUGGUAGUGCAGUGUGGAAUGAGGGGGCGAGUGCAGGGAUCGAUCGGCGGAAAAAGAAUACCGAGCAAUUAUGUGCGCUGCUGAGUGAAAGAUACCGAAAUUUGGUGCUAAUGGGAGAAGAGACUUCGAGUAGCUUUAACCGGUCACAGUCGGUGACCAGCAGUGGGCGUAGGUUAAUUUUUAGUGCUAACUUCUAUCUGUAUGAUUACAUCCUUGCCAUUGAGCAUGACCUGCGGUAUCAGCAUCCGCAUCACCAACAUCAGUAUCAGUUCGAUUUCAUAGUGUUUGACCUGAAGAACAUAUCGAACCAUCGGACUACGAUAGUGUGGAGACCGUUUCUGAUUCUGAGGCAGGAUCAGUUGAAUCGGCAAAAGUUCAGUAUGCAUCCGGUUCUGCCGGGAUACAGCGACUGGAUGAUAGAGGGUACGAUGGAGUCGUUUUGGAUCUGCGGAGUGCUGUGCUGGAGUGUGAUAGCGAUCGUGGUGCUAAUAAUAGUGUCGAUCAUCUUUGCGAGCGUGGUGUUUAGCAUCGCUGUGAGGUAAGUGAAACUACGUUUUUUUUAACAGUUUUUACCUAUUGUCAAGACAAGAAGC